GUCUGUGACCCGGAAGUAGUCGUUCUGGUGGAGGCGGGCCAGACUUCUGAGAGGUGGGGCUUGAGACGGUCCUUUCAGGAACCCACACACUCUGAGGCGUCUGAGUGAAAAGUGUAGCACCAUGGCCUCUGUGUUGUCCUACGAAAGUCUGGUACACGCCGUGGCCGGAGCCGUGGGAAGUGUGACUGCCAUGACAGUGUUUUUCCCCUUGGAUACUGCUAGACUUCGGCUUCAGGUCGAUGAGAAAAGAAAGUCCAAAACGACACAUGCAGUGCUCCUGGAGAUAAUUAAGGAAGAAGGCCUCCUGGCACCAUACCGAGGAUGGUUUCCAGUUAUUUCCAGUCUCUGCUGCUCCAAUUUUGUCUAUUUUUACACUUUUAAUAGCCUCAAAGCAGUGUGGGUCAAAGGUCAACGUUCUUCUACAGGAAAAGAUCUGGUGGUUGGAUUUGUAGCAGGAGUGGUGAAUGUGCUGCUAACUACUCCACUCUGGGUGGUAAACACCAGACUGAAGCUGCAGGGGGCAAAAUUUCGGAAUGAAGACAUUAUACCAACCAACUACAAAGGCAUUAUUGAUGCAUUCCACCAGAUUGUUCGAGAUGAGGGGAUCUUGGCUCUGUGGAACGGCACCUUUCCCUCCUUGCUGUUGGUCUUCAACCCUGCCAUCCAGUUCAUGUUCUACGAAGGCUUAAAACGGCAGCUUUUAAAGAAGCGGAUGAAGCUCUCUUCUCUGGAUGUGUUCAUCAUCGGUGCAAUAGCCAAAGCGAUUGCCACCACAGUCACCUAUCCCAUGCAGACGGUACAGUCAAUUCUGAGGUUUGGACGUCAUAGACUAAACCCAGAAAACAGGACACUGGGGAGUCUUCGGAAUGUUCUCUCUCUUCUUCACCAACGAGUCAAGCGCUUUGGAAUAAUGGGACUCUACAAAGGCCUCGAAGCCAAGCUGCUGCAGACAGUGCUCACAGCCGCCCUCAUGUUCCUUGUGUACGAGAAACUGACAGCUGCUACCUUCACCGUAAUGGGUCUGAAGAGCACACAUAAGCACUGAGGCCCGCCCACAGGACAGUGUGGAGACGCAGGUGCUGCACAGAGAGAAGAGGCACAGUUCUCCUUUCCCAACGGUUCCAUCCACACCGUAGACAUUCAUGUUAUUGGCUGUAAAAAACAUCAAAGGCUAAACAGAGUAUAGCCAGCUAAGCCUAUCGCUUUUAUGUUUUUUUUGGUGUUUUAUGGUGUUAGGUUGGAUUCGGGGGUAGAGGUUAGACUGAUAUGAAAAUAUUGAAACCCCGAAAAUGGAAGUCUGUGGGUGUUCACUCAUUUUUCUCAAGGGGAAUGAACUUUCCAUCUAAGGCUUUUCUCAACUUUACCACUUGUUUUCUUUCUCUAAAGCUCUCCUGGGUUCCAGACGAUUCAGUAACAUUAUUCUCCUCAGAUACUCUUCUGUCUUAGUCUUGGUAAAGAACUCCUCACUGAGAAUAACAUCAUGACUGUGCCAUGGGCAUGACUUUAUUUCUGUCUGACUCCUUCCCUCCUGCUUAAAGAAAGCUAUUUAUUUUGUGGGGGAAAUGAAAAUUAUUAACCUAAAUGAUUUUCUUAAGAUUUGUAAAUGUCAAUUAUUCAUUGGUGUUUGACAUAGUUUUUUUUAAUACAUAUUUAUUUUGAAUUGUCUUUUACUACAAAAAAGCCUUGAUGUUGUAUGUCCUUUUGUGCAAGCUCCAAUCACAUAAGCCUCAAUAAAUUGUCAGCACACACACACAAAA